AUGGAGUCGGAGCCUUUCCGUUCUCGUCGGCGUUUGAGAGAGAAUCAUGUGGGAGUCGAUUUGCCUGACGCUUGCGGCCACCGCCGUUAUAACAAUGGAGACUCGAUGCUCCUUGUGUUUGAUCAUGUUAAUCAUGGCGAUGAGUCAGAGCCGGUGGUGAUAAGGGCAUAUGCUGUUAACAAACCUUGGGCGUUAGGUUUUCUUAUGGACAUUUUUGGGGCUUUGUUGAUGCUGAGAGCACUAUCUCUCGCGCCUGUGUCUGUUGUUCAGCCAGUCUCGGGAUGUGGACUUGCCAUUCUUUCUGUCUUUUCGCAUUUUUACUUGAAGGAAGUGAUGAAUGUAUUUGACUGGAUUGGGAUUACCGUCGCCGGCAUUGGCACCAUAGGAGUCGGUGCUGGAGGUGAGGAGCAAGAAGCAUCAUUGAUAUCUGUCUUCCAGUUGCUGUGGCUAGCACUUGUACUACUAAAUGCGUGGCUUCAUAUCUUUAAACGCCAGCGCAGGGAGCAGGAGCUGGGGUUUUCUGCUAUGUUCAUUCCCAUGUGCAUCUCGAUUAGUAUAUGCUGUAGUGGAACAGGAUUCUUCUACCAGACUCGGGGACUAAAACACGGGAGAGCAAUUGUAGUAUCCACUUGCGCUGCUGUGGCAUCAAUUGGUACUGAUCAUGCUAGGUGUUGUGUUACUCGUGACUUCAUCACGACUAAUCAGACAUCUGCCACGGUCGUUCAGGCGUUCCAGACAGACGAGUGUAGAAAGAGGGUUCAACAUAAGGCGGACAUCUUCUCACGUACCAAAGGAUACAAACCCAAGUGCGGUUAUCCAAGCAGCAACAUUACACCAUCUCUUAUCAACCCCGUCAAAAGAGAAAGACUAAUGCUUCAGAAACACCAAAGCAUAAUAUUGCAUUUUACACCCUCUUUCUCGACUAAGUUACUAUCUUGA